AUGCAACGCUCUACGACAGAAGACCAAUUCAAUGUUCAAUGGGAUAUUCUCUCCGACUCUCAUCAUGGCCAGGUGCUUGAUCCAUUGAGCGAGUUUGAUCACAAUGAACCUGCUAUACUAUCGUCGCAGAGUUAUCUAUCAGAGUCAUCGCACAUUGACAUUGACAUUUCAGACAAGCACCAGACAUUCAGCAACGAUACCAGUCAAAACGGAGACAGCAUGAGCGAGAACAGCAUCCAUCAUGAGCAAGCGUCAGUCGAGGAACAGCAGCCAUCGCACGCUUUGCCAGAGAGCAGAAUUCAUGUGUCUGAUCCUAGAAAAGAAACAGAGCAACAGAGCGCAUUCAUAUCGUAUCUCGUUCAAUCGAAUAAAAAGCAAGUGCGUAGACGAUUCCAAGACUUUGUAUGGCUACAUAACGUCUUAUACACACAUUUCCCGGCCUGUUUUGUGCCUCCAUUGCCAGAUAAACAUCGUUUGGAAUAUGUAAAGGGAGAUCGUUUCAGCACUGAUUUCAUUGAAAAGAGACGCAUCAGCCUAGAGAGAUUUGUGCAGCGUAUUGCUAGACAUCCAAUCCUUAGUCGUGCCGAAUUCUUUGUCAUGUUUCUUGAAUCCUCCGAGUUUAAUGACGCCUCUGCCAGAGCGCUGAGAGAGGGACAAGAGACAGUGAUGGACACUAUUGGCGAUUCGUUGUUGAAUGCAUUCUCAAAGAUACGCAAGCCAGACCCACGAUUUGUCGAGAUGAAAGAGAGAAAUGAUCGCAUGGAGGAGAAUUUGGAUCUACUACAAAAGACAUUGCUGAGAACAAACAAACGCACAGAGGAUUUAUGCCAUGACUACGAGGAAUUUACUUCCAGUGUGCGUGGAUUAGCAGAAAUUGAAUCAUCUUACAAGGCGCUAUUGAACAAUUUUGCAGAAGGGCUGGAAAAGUAUUCGUACAACAUGAAGACCAUGACGAUUGAAGACAGCAAGUGGCAGAUUGAAGUGAACGAUUACAUGGCUUAUUUCCAUGCUGUCAAGGACGUCCUUAAACUGAGGGAUCAAAAGCAACUAGAUUUUGAGGAAUUAUCAGACUAUCUACAGACGACGAUUGAAGAGAGAGAAAAGAAGAUUCGAACAGGCGAUAAUGGAGGUGUCGCUGGAUUCCUCACUGGCAAGUUGAAUGAAGUACGAGGCGCAGACACGGAUAAAAUUAAGCGAGAAAAGGUGUUGAAAUUGGAUGAGCGAGUACGCGAAUUGCAGGAUGCCAUUGAUCAAACACAUCAAGUGUCUACUGCUUUCUCAGACCAAGUAAAAAAAGAGGACGCAUUUUUCAAUCAAAACAAGACGAUCGAGAUGUUUGAUGUGCUCAAAACCUACACAGACGCCAAAGUCAAUUUUUACCAAGAUAGCGUUAGUAUCUGGAGACAAGUGGUUCAAUCGCUUGAAAACAAUAGCGACCCUAGUGUAUUAUAA